AUGAAAAACGCACGUAGAAGGUUGACGGAGGAUGAAACUUUGAAAUUAAAUAAAAUCUUUGAAACAAUCCAAAAACCUGAUUCAAAUCUACGUACACAAUUGGCAAAACAACUUAAUAUGUCUUCGAGAGCAAUUCAAGUUUGGUUCCAGAAUCGUAGAGCUAAACUUAAACGUGAUGCAAUGGAAUUAAAAAGUGCAGCGGACAGUAAUAGAAAUUCUAAACCUAAAAAAUUAACCUUGGCUGUCGAUUAUUGUAAAGAAAAUCAUCUAAAUAGUGUUGAUAUACAAUCAUUAAAUUCUUCUUUGAUAUAUCCAAUUGAUUUUAAUGAGUUGAAUUCACCGCAUACACCUUCUCAUAUUCCACCACCAUCUCAUUAUCCUCAUGUUCACCAUCCCAGUCAUUUGCGACAAGAAGAAUUUGAUGAAAAUGACGAUGAAAGAUCAAUCAUUACCACAUCCACAUCCACUACUCUCAAUCCAUAUUACGAACAAAAUUAUCAAAAAAUUUCAAUACCUCAUGGUACUUUGGAUCUUACAACAGCAACUGCCACUACCAAUAAUAGUAUUAACAACUAUUUCAAUAAUAUCACAAAUACGAAUGAAUUUUCAUCUUCUAUUAUCGAUAUUGAAAUUGAUAAUAAUGAUCAAAGUUUACCAUCAAUGACAACAAAUUGUCUUCCUUCUCCUACGACAACAAUUUGGCCAUCUGGUACAAACGCAAUCACUAACACAAUCACCACGACCGACAAUUCAUCAUCAUUAUUUGACUAUAUUGAAAAGCAACAACAACAAAAUAUUAGUAAUUCAUCGCUUAACCAUGAUAAUAAUAAUUCUCGAUCUCAAUCUCCCUCGUUCAACGAAUUUGAUUCUUCCUUUAAAUUUAAUAAUCAUGACUCUUAUAAUUCACAUUACGAUUUUAAUAUUAAUGCACUACAAAAUCUUGGUUCUAAUAUUAUUGCUACAACUACAACAACUUCUGUUUUAACCGAUCCUCUUUUAAAAUCUUUAUGGAGUCAUGAAAAUGAUUUAACGUAG